AUGUCAUCCGACUAUGGAUCGGACAUCGACUCCGACGUCGCAGAUGUCGUCGAUAAGAUUCACCAAGCUGCUUCAACGCCGCCGCCCUCGGCUUCAUCAUCAGAUACCAAACCGUAUCGCUUGACGUUUGGCAAACAUGAGGGCAAGACGCUUGCGGAGAUACCAACGUCUUAUGUUACGUGGUUGAUUAGGAACCCCAUAUCGAGUCGGCCGAUGGAAUUGAUAUAUGCGUUAGAAGAGUGGCAGGAGGAGAAGAAGAAUGGGAGGAAGGCGGCAUCGCAAUCGCAAGCAUCGCAGGUGUCGAUGUCGCAGACGCAGGCGUCGCAGAUGUCAAUGUCGUCGCAAUCGCAAGCUACAUCUUCGAAGAUGCCGCUCUCUCCACCGUCGUCUCAAGCCUACCAGGCCCCUCCUCCAUCGUCACAGCCUGCGGUCACGAGCACGCAUAUCUCCAAAUAUACCUCUCCUCCGUCACCAUCUCGUUCGCCGUCACCACCGCCUAGCACACAGUACCCACUUCCUUCGUCACAGCCCACGGCACAUCAAGGCUCGCCCGAUGGCCCCCUAUACAUACUCCCUUUUGGCGAUUACAAAGGCAAGACUCUACUCGAGGUACCAGAGGAUUACCUCUACUAUCUUGGUGCGAGCGAAGACAAAUUGGCUACUUUGCCUGGUUUGGCUGACGCACUCGGCUUGAUGCAGAAGGGUCUACCACCAGUCGUUACGGAACCCAUGGCGCCGAGUCAGGCUUCAUCGCAGACUUUACCACCGCCAUCAUCUGCCCCCUUCUCGUAUAUGGACUCUGCACCGCCUGCAUCCAGUCAAGUUUCUGUGGCCAGUCAGCAGGCCCCGCUACCACCUUCGACUGCGCCUAGCCAUUAUUCCCUCUGCAAAGACGACAUGCCGAAUAGGUCGCAACCUCCUGCACCUCAGCUCUCUGCCUCGCAACCUCCACCCCUUCGCGAACCAUACCGCUUCGACUUUGGCAAGUACACCGGGAAAACCAUCGCCGAAGUCCCUCCCUCCUACAUGGCCUACCUCGACAAAGAAGGUGUCAUCAAGCAACGUCCCGACCUUGCCGCUGGAGUCGAUGAGUACGAACGCCACCACCCACCCAUUGGGACGCCGCACAAGGGAGAAUACAGAUUCACGUUCGGCAAGCAUGUAGGAAAAACAUUGGCGGAAGUGCCCUCUCAGUACAUCUGGUGGCUCAAGAACAACACCACUAUUUCCACGGACAAACCUGAGAACGCGACUUUGGAACUUUUUGAGGCGCCCAUCGAGUCCACCGAUUACAUUGCUUUCUCUCACGUGUGGGGCGACUGGGCCUGGCGUUCAAUCGAGGGCAUACCGUACGAGGUGAAAGCAUCGCAAGAGAAAGCACAGUUCAUCGCAAACGAUCUUCCCGCUUUGGUGGGCGAUGGUGCCUUUUGGAUGGACACGUUGACUGUCGAUCAACGAAACCCAGUUGAAGUCUCAGAGAUUGUGGAUGUCAUUCCCGAUAUCUUCAGGAUGGCCAGAAAGACGAUUGCAGUCAAAGAGUGCGACGGAUUAACCGACCCCAGACUAGAAUUCGAGGAAGACGAUUGUUUAGUGGACAUCAGUAGCCUAGACGAGACUGAGCCAGAGGCCAGCAUGGAUGAGGCUGGUGAAUACGUACCACUCUUUGCGCAAGCUAGGAGAAUCCUUGUCCGUAUGUGGUUCGCAUAUGAGGGGCAAAGCCGCCCUGGAGCCCAGCAAGAAGAGUGGGCAGACUUCAAGCGGUCUAUGCAAGAUCUCUGGUCAACACCACUACUACAUACCGUACUCCUCCUAGCUGGUAUGAUCAACUGUCGCAUCCCAUUAUCCGCCGCAGCAUGGGUCAACAAGCUCUUCAUCCCCGUCUACAUUCGCCACAACGAAGAUCUUCUUUCCGUCGGUCUUUUGGCAAAGCACGCACGUCAGCCUAAACAACAGCGAAAACACCCUUUUCACCUACUAUGCGUUGGCCAACACCUGCCUUCGCCCCACCAGAAGGCUUUUGGACAAGACUUGUUUCUCGUGGACCCAUCAACCAAGGUACCGGUUGGCUUGGCCCCCGAUAUGUUCCAUGAAAGAUACUCGGAUGAGGCAUCCGUAAAAGUCGCAAUUUCUUUGUAUAAUCGCUAUUUUACGGAAUUAGGAGAGAACAAAGUAGACAUCGGCCCCCGUCUGCUCUCUGAUGAGCCGUCUGUUCCUAGAGAGGCUUGUGUCGCGAAGCCCCAGUAG